CUGCUGUCACCCUCCCGUUGUCACCCUGCUGGUGUCACCAUCCCAGCGUCACUCUCCCGGCGCAGAGCAGCAGGUAUUAGAGCUCAGAUGAAACACAGGUUAUAAAGACACUACCUGUGCAACAGCAAAGUCUCACUUCUGCUAAGAGUGCUAGUAAGGAGCCAUCAAACAGAGGUGCAGAACAGAGGUGCAGAACUCCCAACUGGAAGGGAAAAUUCCCAGGCUAUCUAGCCCUUGACUCUGCCAUGGCCAUGAAAACAAACGGCUCAAAGAAAUACCUCCAGCUGCUCCUUUUUCAGGUUGCCCUUCUAGGGCCUGUCUUCUGUGGGAAGAUACUGGUUUGGCCAACAGAAGGCAGCCACUGGAUGAACAUGAAUGUAAUGGUACAGGAGCUCAUCCGCCGUGGGCACAGCUUUACCAUCCUGGUACCCAACACUACCCUCUUCAUUGAACCCAAGCCGAAGAGUACGGAGAAGUUUGAGAUCUAUAAUGUGCCCUAUGGGAAAGAUUUACCCGAGACUCUGCUUAAUGAAAUAGUGGAUCUAUGGCUCAACAACAGGCCAACCAUCUUGACCUUCUGGCAGUUUUACAAGGAGCUGGGAAGACUGUCUGUAGGCUGGCAGGAGAUGAACAAGAUGCUGUGCGACGCAGUGCUGACCAACCAGGAGCUGAUGGCUCGUCUGCAGGGCUCUGGCUUUGACCUGCUGCUGUCAGAUGCAGUGACCCCCUGUGGGGAACUCCUGGCUCUCAAGCUGGACAUUCCCUUUGUCUACUCGCUACGUUUCUCCCCAGCCUUCACUCUGGAAAGGCACUGUGGCAAGAUCCCUGCCCCACCAUCCUACACGCCUGCAGCCCUGUCUGAGCUCACUGACCGCAUGUCUUUUGGGGAGAGAGUAAAAAACUUUGUGUCUUACCACCUGCAAGACUAUGUUUUCCGGAGCUACUGGGGACAUUGGGAUUCCUACUUCAGCAAGGUCUUAGCUGACAACAGCCACUGGCUGAACAUGGAGCACAUACUACAGGAGCUGGUGGCCCGGGGCCACGAGGUGACCGUGCUGCUGCCUUCGUGCUUCCUCAUCGUCAAUCCCACCCAGCCCUCACCCUUCCAGUUUGAGGUGAUUGAGGUGCCAAUCACCAAAAAGGACAUGACUGACGCAAUGGAUAAACUGCUUUAUUUUUUUUUUAAUGAGGAGAGAGGGCUACCUAUCUGGAAAAGUACUUACAAGGUAGUUCAAAUGCUAUUGCAGAUGAAGAACGUAACCAAAACCAUUUGUGAUGGAGCUGUGAAGAAUGAGGCCCUGAUGGAAAGACUGAGGGCAUCUGCCUUCGACCUCCUUUUGGCAGACCCACUAUUUCCCAGCGGGGAGCUGGUUGCUGAGAAGCUGGGUAUCCCCUUUGUGUAUACGUUCCGGUUCUCCAUGGGCAACACGGUGGAGCGGCUCUGUGGAACACUCCCAUCGCCUCCUUCCUACGUACCAACCACCCUAACCAGCCUAACAGAUAGGAUGACCUUCUGGCAAAGGCUAAAAAACAUCCUCGGCUACGCUCUGUAUGAUUUCGUAUUUCAUUACAUUCUCUGGGCAAACUGGGAUCAAUACUACAGUGAAGUUUUAGGAAGGCCCACAACCCUGUGUGAGACGAUGGGAAAAGCAGAGAUUUGGUUAAUCAGAACAUACUGGGAUUUCGAAUUUCCACGCCCUUUCCUGCCCAACUUUGAGUUUGUUGGAGGACUUCAUUGCCAGCCUGCAAAACCAUUACCAAAGGAAAUUGAAGAAUUUGUUCAGAGCUCAGGGGAACAUGGUGUCAUCGUAUUCACUCUUGGGUCAAUGGUCCACAGCCUAAGUGAUGAAAGGAGUAAUGUGAUUGCCAAAGCCCUCAGCCAGCUUCCACAAAAGGUCCUCUGGCGGUACAAAGGGAAAAAACCAGAAACUCUGGGCUCCAACACCAGGAUUUUUGACUGGAUACCACAAAAUGACCUGCUUGGCCAUCCCUUGACAAAAGCCUUUAUUACACACGGUGGGACUAAUGGGCUCUAUGAAGCAAUCUACCACGGGAUCCCAAUGGUUGGGAUUCCCAUGUUUGCUGACCAGCACGACAACCUUGCUCACAUGGUAGCAAAAGGAGCUGCAGUUCAGGUGGAUUUCAACACAAUGACGUCAGAGGACCUGGCUGAUGCACUGAAGACAGUAAUUUACAAUUCCACCUAUAAGGAGAAUGCUCUAAAGUUAUCCAAGAUACAGCAUGACCAGCCUGUUAAGCCCCUGGACAGAGCUGUCUUCUGGAUUGAAUUUGUCAUGCGUCACAAAGGAGCAAAGCACUUGAGACCAGCUGCUCACCAUCUCACCUGGUACCAGUACCACUCCCUGGAUGUUCUGGCAUUCUUGUUCACCUGUACAGCCACUAUUGUCUUCAUUCUUUUCAAGUGCUGCUUAUGUUGCUGUAGAAGAUGUGGCAGGAUUGCAAAGAGGAAGAAGGACUAGACACCUUGUUCCCAUCAGCAGUUUUUUUCUCCUAGGCUGACUCAACAAGGCAUUUAUGCACAUUCUUUGGUGAACAAGUUUAUUGGGAUAUGCUUUCAACUGGGCACACCAUGAAUGCACCACAACAAAGCUUUUGUGGGGCAGAGCUGCUUGCUUAGCCGGUAAAUUCCUUCUGGUCUACAUAAAAUUGAAUUAUAGUUGCUUUAUCCCCUGGGACCAUGUUAGCUGAUCACAUAUGGUCCUUGCCAUGGUAGUUGUUGCUCUAUGUUUUCAAAUAUCUUAAAUAUUUUGGUAUCCUCCUCUCCUGUCAGAAAAACUCUGUCCAGACUGGACAGUGAAUCUAAGAUCAUGGGCUCCUAAAAAGCACCCAUCUGAAGGCCCACAAUCAUAAAAUCAGGGAGCUGUGCAAGUGACAAAUGCAGUGACUACUUGGGGGCUGAGGGGAGACUAAAAUCCUGAGACCACCAUAAACAUUAUCUUCCUGCAGGAAUACCUCUAGAGAGGGAACUUGCAAAGAAGUAACAUUCCAUGUGGGAACAGUGCAAUAGCCACUUGCCUUGCCUGAAAAGUGGAGAGAAAACAGUGCUGCACUUGGGUCAGCUAAGAGUGGUAGUAAACCUAGUACCUCUGCAGGUGUUAAAGAUGCCUGUAAAAUGCUGCUAGUCCAGGCCUCCUGUUCCAGGUAGGUUAUUUCACUGCUGUGCCAGCUUACUCGAAAAAAAAAAAAAGCUGCUUGAAUUUUAACUCAUAUUUUUAAAUACUCUGGAAUUGUUUUCAAACAGAACAUGAUUAUUUGUUUACAUAGUAAAAUUCCUUAUGCCACAUCAACUUCUUUUUAUUAGCAUUGUCAUGUUUCAACAUCUGCUUAAACGUCAUACUACAACAUGCACAAAAACUCAAAUGUUUCCUAACUAUACAGGGUAGAGGGGUUACAAGAAGACUACUGCAUCUCAUGGCAAUUUCUGGUAUACAGUUCCUCUUGUCAUGAUGGGCUCAUAACCAGGAAAAUGCACAGUGAAUGAAUAAAAAGGAGAACUGCAUGACACUAAGGCCCCAGAUCAGAAGGGGGCUGCUGUAACUGUUCAGAGAGCCAGGCUGCUCCCUGGGCACAGCUCCACCAGCUGGAUCACUAUGAGCCCCUGCCACCCCAUUGCUGAGAUGUCAGUUCAGAUGCCAGAAGGCCAGCAAGCCUCCCAGCAUGCUGCACAGGUAUUAGUCAGACAGGGCUAACAAAGGACACUGGAAACAGGACAGAUGGGAAAAGCUGGACAAAGUGCUCCACAGUCCCUCUAAGGAGGUGCUUCAUUUCUGUAACCUACUCAGAGUAAUUUGGCUUGUCUAGUACUGUAUUUAAAAAGUAAAACAAACAAACAACCCAAACAAAAAAAAACCUCAAAGCCAAAACCCCCUCUUCAUUUUACAGUCUGUAUAUAAUGCAGAGAAAGAUAUCAAAGUAUGAGGGUGGUCUAUGAUGCAUUUCUCCAAUUAGACAUAGAAUGUAUUCUAAAUGUGACAGACUGAUCUAAUCCUCCAGCUAGCAGGCAUUACCUCUCUGUGCACAAUGAACUGUGCUGAGAAACCCAAACACAUAUUCAGUCUCCAGUAUUGCUUAAAGAAUCCAAACACACUUGUACAUUGGAGGUCUUAACUUAUUGUUUAACACACCUAAAGGUUUACUGUGACUGUAGACAAAAAUAAACAGAGCACAAAUUAUUGUCAGAUCAAAACCCCACAUUUCCACAAAUGCCACACAGUGGCUGGUACUAUACGGCCUUUUAUAAAAAUAGCUGUAGCACCCAGCAGGGUGGAGCUGGAAGUGUUUAAAGCACAGUCUGGAUUUGUUACAUGAGAAGACAUUGAAGGAAGUUUAUGAAGAAGUCCACCAAGGCAGUGCUACACUUAGAAGUUUUGGAAGGUUGUAAAUUGCUGGAUGAACUGACGAACUUUCACUACAAGUUUCAAUUUUUUUCCCCCUCACCGUUUUACCAUUGGCAUUUAGGUAAAAUAUUUCUUAUUUAAGAGAAGUAACAAGUGACCACUACAAAGAACAUAUGUGCAGACUCUGGAUCUUGCAGGACUAACAUUCCUGAGACAGGUACAUUGUGGCUGAGGACAACAGCCUGAAGAUUAUACGAUUAAGUUGAGCACGUAGGGCCUUAAUAAUUCUCAUGAACUGCAAGAGUUAUUGGCUACUUCACUAUGGAAACAGAAAUGCAAUUACCUUUUAUAUCAGUAGUCCUUUUCCUAAAUUCAGGCUUCAGAUCAAUUUUGCUUACCACAAAGAACAUUUGAACUAUUUAUGAACAGAGAUAUUUUCCUAGAACUGCUGGAAUCUAGCAAAGCUUAGAAAACCAAGAAACCCAACAUGGAGUUUUAAACAUUUCAAUAGUUACCAAUUUAUUUUUAUAAAAAAAAAAUGGUAGCAAUGUAGAAUACAGCAAUAUUUUCUGGUUUCACGCACGCAGGUUGUGAACAUUCCAAGCAAUGUGUACAUUUUGGAAAGAGACCAGACAAGAGGAUUGACCAAAGUAUUACUGAACACAGGAAGAUUUUUAAAAAAGGCUACAAAUUAGGUAUCAAUAGUGUCUUCUUAAUAUUGCUUUCCUUACUGAAGACUGAAAAAAAAACAUUUGACUUCACAGAUAGGGUUAAAAAAUGGGGGGGAAAAGAGGGGGAGGGGGAAAAAAAGGCUGCUACAACACUGCCAUACCGUCAAAAAAAAGAAAAAGAGAUCAUACUUCAGUAUUUGCAUACUUGAUAGCAGCAUUCUCCCAUCGAACCAUAUGAAACUACAGAAAGAAAACAUCAAAGCAAAAAAAAAAAAAAAAA